AUGACUCGAGCCCGCGGCGCCGCCGAGGCCUCCGCUUCGCAUACUUAUGCCCUCAUCCACUUGCCAAUUGUUAGCGCCUCAUUCCCAGUCCGCAAUUGCCAGCACUAUGCUUCAUACAAUCACAAUGUGUGGUCACUUCCGCACUUACCCGGUGGACUACGGUACAUCGACAGUUCCGUAAGCACCGAAUCUUACCGGGCCGAUACAUCCACAUCGUCUGAUUCGAUAAAUCGCUACCAAGACUCUGCAGACGGAUGUAUGCUCGGUUCGGAGCCUGAGCCGCCGCUGCUCUCGCGGAUCGUCGGAGUACCACCGCCUCCGCCGCCUCGGGCACCUUCGACAGCUUUACUACUACGUCGUCCAUCGACGUCCACACCUAAACAGCCACAAAAACAACAACAGCAACCAAAACGUGGCGACCCUAAAAGCAAAUACGGCGAGAGCCCGUAUAAGGAAGAGCAGGCAUAUGUUCGCAUACAUUGUUUUUUCCCCAUUUGAAA